AGCAGUGGAAGCAGUUCACACUAGUAAGCACAGUUGUUUGGAUAAUCCCUGCCUGUUCAGUGAGAAGAGAGAGAGAGAGAGAGCGAGCGAGAGAGCGAAGAGAGAACACGAGAAAGAGAGAGAGAACAUGAGGGAGACCAUCUCCUCCCUCUCAGAGCAGAGACCACACGUCGGGCACGAGUCUCCCUUUCCUCUCUGCCUCUACUGCGUCUCCUAGGCUAGCAGCCAGAAAGACACCGCCUCCGUUGGAUCCUGAAAGAAAACAAGCUGAGGAUACGGCAGUUCUGCCUUAGGCAGAAGGACAAAACUUACAUCAACACUUUGGAAGGAUUAGCAGCAGUAUACGUUUUCCUUCAUUUGCUCAGACAGAAAGAAGAUACAACAUCCCUAUGACAAGAAGGACAAGAGAUACUGUACAGACAAACAGAGUUGGACAGACAGACAGAGAACAGCAGUGGUCAUGCAGCCGUGACUGUAACAGCUGGAGUGCUCUCUCCCUUGCCUGAAACAGUUGGUUUGAAGAGCUGCAUUCCUCACACCCUCUCAUUCAGAAAAUAGUAGUCGUAUAGGAUCUUCCCUCAUAAAGAGUGACACGACUGCAGUAGUCCCUACAGACUGACACAGAACAGUACAGGCUUUAGGAGUGCAGUUGAAGGACACAGUGGAUUGUGAGUUACCUGUGGUCAGAGACUGGAUUACUGCCUUUUCCUACAGAGGAUAGUUGGAGGAUGAAACUGCAUAUCUGAUUCAAUAUAACAGACCCUUGUCAUUGAACCUGGACUCCCCCGGUUGGAUAUUUCCUACUCUUCCCUUGGACUUGAGUGUUGAUUCACUCUGGAUUGGCUUACUCCCUGCUUAGUGACCGUGUGUGUGUGUGUUUGUGUGUGUGUGUGAUUGAUUGUGAGUAUGUGUGUCAGGAUGGAGUGUGUGAGGAGUGUGUUUCUGAUGAUGUGUGUUUUCCUGUGGAGCUCAGCACACUCAGCCCAGAGUGUCUACCCCAGGAUACGACUCUCCCAUAAAGAGCUAUGUGAGUUGAACAGGACGUGGGUGUUCCAGGGACCAGGUCCCUCCCUGCAAACCCAGACCAUGAUGUUGGAAGAGGCCCAUGAGAGGCUGUAUGUAGGGGCUAAAAACACCCUGUACUCACUCAGCCUGGAGAGAGUUAACCACCAACACAGAGAGAUUGACUGGGCCAGCUCUGAGUCGCAGGUAGAAGAUUGUAUGAUGAAGGGUAAAGAGAAGCCAGAGUGUGCUAACUACAUCAAGGUGUUGCAGCAGUUUAACACAACCCACCUGUUGGCCUGUGGAACAGGAGCAUUUAACCCUCUCUGUGCUACCAUCAGGGUGGGACAUGCAGGGCAGGCCAGACAGUUUGAGCUGGAGGAGCAGAGUGUAGAGAGUGGCAGAGGGAGAUGUCCCUAUGACCACAACAGCCCCGUAACCUCCACCCUGGACAGAGGAGAGCUGUAUAUUGGCCUGUAUACAGACUACUGGGAAAAUGAUGCAGCUCUGUGUCGACUGAACAACCAAAGCUAUACACGCACUGAGAGAGACAACAGACAACAGCUCAACGAGCCUAAGUUCAUUGGGUCGGUGGUGAUUCCUGAUAACGAUGACAGAGAUGAUGACAAGGUCUACUUCUUCUUCACGGAGAGAGGGAUGGACGCAGAGGGGGUUAACAAGGCUGUUUACACCCGGGUGGGACGGGUCUGUGCGAAUGACCAAGGAGGUCAGAGGAUGUUGGUGAAUCGUUGGAGCUCCUUCCUAAAGACCCGUCUCAUCUGCUCCGUGGCUGGAUCCAACGGCAUCGACACACACUUCGACGAGCUGGAGGAUGUAUUUGUGUUGAAGAACAAGGAUGAGAAGAAUCCAGAGAUAUUUGGCCUCUUCAGUACUACAAGUGCUGUGUUCCGGGGCUAUGCAGUGUGUGUGUACCACAUGAAUGUUGUGCGAGCAGCGUUCAAUGGCCAAUUUGCACACCGGGAGAGACCAGAGCACCGCUGGACCCCAUACAAAGGCCGGGUCCCCUACCCACGCCCCGGAUGUUGUGCCAGUAAGGUGAACGGUGGUGGAUUCUCAGGUUCUAAGGAGUUCCCUGAUGAGGUUCUGCGUUUCGUGCGUUCCCACCCCGUCAUGUCAAGCCCGGUCCUGCCCCUCCACAAAAAACCUGUCCUACUGCAGACGGAGCCAGGAGGGAGGAGACUAACCCAGAUUGCUGUGGACCGCGUCCAGGCCCAGGACGGACACUACCACGUUCUGUACAUAGGCAGAGACGACUCUGUUGUGUUGAAGGUUAUCAGCAUCUACAACAAAGACACAGACACCAUAGAGGAAGUGCUACUGGAGGAACUGCAGGUGUUCAAGGUCCCUGUGCCAAUAACUGAGAUCAUCAUAUCUGCAAAACGACAACAGCUCUAUGUGGGUUCUGAGGUGGGUGUGGCUCAGGUGAGGCUCCAUCAAUGUGAACUGUACGGGUCAGAGUGUGCCGACUGUUGCCUAGCCAGGGAUCCUUACUGUGCCUGGGACGGACUCACCUGCUCACGAUACUACCCUGCUGGGGUCUACACCAAGAGCAGACGAUUCAGACGACAGGAUGUUCUCCAUGGCAACGCUGUACAGCUAUGCAAUGGGCUGCAGACUGAUGGGGAGAAGUAUCAGGGUGCGGAGGAGAGGCAGGUGUAUGGGGUAGAGAAUAACAGUACUCUACUGGAGUGUACCCCUCGUUCUCCACAGGCCAGAGUUCUGUGGUACAUACAGAGAGGUCCAGACAGAGAGAAGGUCAGAGGUGAUGAGAGUGUACUCAUAACGACCCACGGGUUGUUGUUCCUGAUUGUGCGGAUUGGGGACGCUGGCAUGUACGUGUGUCAGACGGUAGAACACGGCUAUGUCCACACCCUACUGAGGGUCACGCUACAUGUGCUGGGAGGGGAGAGGGUCAGUGCCCUGAUACACAGGACAGGGGAGGAAGGAGAGGAAGAAGGGGAGACCACAGCAACCUCCUGUCACAUUCCCAUAGAUACCCCUCCAGACCUCCACACUGGUUCCAACUCUGACCCCACUUCCAGACUACCAGGAGCCCUACCAGGGUCCUCCCUAGCCCCCGCUCCAGCUACCUCUCGGCUGUGGUACAAGGAGUUCCUCCAGCUUAUAGGAUAUCGGGAUACACAGCGGCUGGAGGAGUACUGUGAGAGGGUCUGGUGCUCAGAGAAAAGACGCAGGAAGACCAAACUUAGAUACACCCAGCCACUGGGAAGAGGAGAGAGGAGGGCAAGGGGGAGGGGAGAGCCACACAGAUCCCCCAGACACACCAUGGACACCUGAGAGUAGGGAGAGAGAGGGCAGAACAACCACACACACACAAUGGUGUGUGUUGGUUCGUGCUUUGAGUUUAGUAGUGGUUUAGAAUUGAUUAACUAAACUGGACAUUGUACUGUAUUAUUGUUUUACUGUAUAGUUGGUAAAGUUGAUGAUGUAUGCAAGUAUUUCCUACUAUACUUUAUCAGUUAGUUUGGUGUGACAUGUCGGAGAUUGAGAACAUCUAGAUGAGUCUCUCUCUCUCUCUCUCUCUCUCUCUCUCUCUGCUGUCAGUAGUGAUGCUACAGAUGGGGGUUCAUAAUAACCAUAGAAGAAGACAAUCUACGUCGCCAUAUUUUCCCUCCCAAAUAAGGAAGAACGCCACAGUGACCAUCCAAGCAUGUCAUUGGCUAGACAGAGGAGCCUGUCUCAUGAAUAUUCAAACCUAUUGGAGGAAAUCAACCGUUUUAUAUUCUGACAGCAUAACAUUGAUCAGGUUUCCAUUACAAUCCCUCUUUUAUAUGGAGUCUUCUUUGAAGUCUUUAAAUUACAUUAUUCAGCACUCAUCAUCAUCAUGAAUGUUCUCUUACUAAGAGUUUUAAUAAUGAACAAAAAUGUAAAUACAACAUGUAAAGUGUUGGUCCCAUGUUUCAUGACCUGAAAUAAAAGAUUCCAGAAA